UGAACCUGGACCCUCAGAGACAAAUUCUUCAUCAGUAAAURUCUUCAGAGGGAGGAAGAGGAGUGGUGUUUGUGAGGAGGAGCAGCUUUCCUACUGUUCUUUGUGUCAAGACGUCCUGAAGGAUCCAGUCUCUACCAGCUGUGGACACUGGUUCUGCAGACHCUGCAUCACCUCAUACUGGGAACAGUCUGUUUCAUCAGGACCCUCCUCCUGUCCCCAGUGUGGAGAAAGACCCAGAAUCAGAAGUGGACUGCAGACAGGCAGUCAGAGCAGYUGUGUCCAAGAUGUUGGUCUGCAGGAGGUUUUAGAUGAACAUCAGAUCAGUCUGAGGAGGAGAUGUGAACGUGUGACUGAAGGAAGUGAUGAAACAGGAAGUAGAACCCUCCUCAACAGGAUCUACACUGAGCUCUACAUCACGGAGGGACAGAGUGAAGAGGUUAAUACCCAACAUGAGGUCAGGCAGCUGGAGACCACUUCCAAGACCCAGAUCCUCCAUGAGACUCCAAUCAGGUGUCAGGACAUCUUUAAAGCCUUACCUGACCCACUUGGAGCCAUCAGAGUGGUUCUGACCAACGGCGUGGCUGGAGUUGGAAAAACCUUCUCGGUGCUGAAGUUCACUCUGGACUGGGCYGAGGGCUUGGAGAACCAAGAUGUCAGUGUGGUGGUUCUGCUUUCGUUCAGGGAGCUGAACCUGAUCAGAGAUGAGCARUACAGUCUUCUCAGGCUGCUCCAUGUUUUCCAUCCAACACUCCAGAAGCUCCCAGCAGAGAAGCUGGCUGUCUGUAAACUUCUCUUCAUCUUUGAUGGCCUGGAUGAAAGCAGACUUCAGCUGGAUUUCAUCAAAAGUCCACAGGUUUCUGACGUCACACAGGAGGCAUCGCUCAACGUGCUGCUGACAAACCUCAUCAAGGGGAACCUGCUUCCCACGGCUCUGGUCUGGAUCACUUCCAGACCUGCAGCGGCCAAUCAGAUCCCUCCUUCAURUGUGGACAGGCUAACAGAAGUACGAGGCUUCACUGACGCUCAGAAGGAGGAGUACUUCAGGAGGAGGUUCAGUCAUGAAGAUCUGUSCAGCAGAAUCAUCUCCCACAUCAAGACCUCCAGGAGCCUCCACAUCAUGUGUGCAGUCCCAGUCUUCUGCUGGAUCACUGCUACAGUUCUGGACCACAUGUUGACCACAGAGCAGAGAGGAGAGCUGCCCAAGACCAUGACUGACAUGUACUCACACUUCCUGCUGGUCCAGACCACCAGGAAGAAGAACAAGUACCACGAAGGACCUGAGACCAGUCCACAGGAGCUGACAGAGGCUGACAGGGAAGUUCUUCUGAAGCUGGGGAGGCUGGCCUUUCUGGAGGAACAUCUGGAGGAAGGAAACAUCAUGUUCUACCAAGAAGACCUGGAGCAGUGUGGUCUUGAUGUCACAGAGGCCUCGGUGUACUCAGGAGUUUGUACAGAGAUCUUCAAAAGAGAGUGUGUGAUCUUCCAGAAACCAGUCUACUGCUUUGUUCAUCUGAGUGUUCAGGAGUUUCUGGCUGCAGUCUACAUGUUCCACUGUUUCACCAACAGGAACAUGGAGGAGAUUAAAAAGUUUCUGGGAGAGGAGUACAGUUACUCAUCUCUGGAUUAUUUUCUGUACAGAAUCAUGGAGAAAUCUCUCCAAAGUGAAAAUGGCCACCUGGACCUGUUUGUUCGCUUCCUUCAUGGCCUCUCUGUGGAGUCCAACCAGAGACUCUUAGCAGGUCUGCUGGGUCAGACAGAGAUCAGUCCAGAAACCAUCCAGAGAGUCAUCAACAGCCUGAAGGAGAUGAACAGAGUUAAAGUGUCUCCAGACAGAAGCAUCAACAUCUUCCAGUGUCUGAUGGAGAUGAAGGACCUCUCAGUUUAUCAGGAGAUCCAAGAGUUCAUGAAGUCAGAGAACAGAUCAGAGAAGAAACUUUCAUUGAUCCAGUGUUCAGCUCUGGCCUACAUGCUGCAGAUGUCAGAGGAGGUUCUGGAUGAGUUGGACCUGGAGAAGUACAACACUUCAAAUGAGGGUCGAAGGAGACUGAUUCCAGCUGUGAGGAACUGCAGAAACUUUGUAGCCGUUUUUGUUGAACUCUCAGAGACUCACUGGGAAGUUGUGGCCUCAGCUUUGAAGUCCAACCCCACCCACCUGACACAACUGGACCUGAGUGAGAACCACCUGUCUGACGCUGGAGUGAAGCUUCUGUGUUCUGGACUGGAGAGUCCAAACUGUAGACUGGAGGUUCUGAGAUUGAAGAACUGCAGAUUGUCAGAGAUCAGCUGCUCUUCUCUGGUCUCAGCUCUGAAGUCCAACCCCUYCCAUCUGACUGAACUGGACCUGAGGAACAAUAACCUUCAGGCUCCAGAUGUUCAGCAGCUGAUGGAUCUUGUGGAGAGUCCAGACUACAAACUUCAGACUCUGAGAUGGGAGGGAUUAUCAGGUUGGUGAAGUAAAGAAGAUGUGAGUUGUGAUGAUCCACAGACGUUGAAGCAGCAGCAGGUUCUUUGAGAAGAAACUGAUUGGAUCCUGAUCAUGAUGAUUAACUUUAGUUUUUUUAUAUUUAUCAGACUAUUAUCCAUGAUAGGUUGACAACUGCUUCUGUGUUGUAUUUACUUUGAACCAAUAAAACUAAGAAUAAUAAA